UGCAAUAGAGUCGCUCGCAGUCUUCAUUCGCUACAGCAGUGAAAUGAACAGCAAACAAAACACUGCAAUAAUUUUUAUGCCAAAAUUUCUGAAAACUAUUCAUCCCCACAAUCCAAUCAAUCGAAAUAGUGAGUUCUUUCACAUUUUACGACACUGCCGCGUAUCAACACGAAAUCAACACGAUGCCUAAAUCACGAAUUGGCUUAGACCAGCAGAAAUUAAAGAAGGAAGAGAAAAUAUUGAAGCAAGAUGAAAAGAAAUUGAAAAGAGGUGAAAAGAAGGUGGCCAAGGAGUUGUCCGAUGUAAUCAAGAAAGCUCGAAAGGAAGAGCCCGACUCCAAAAUUGAAUCUCUUAUCAAGGCAGCCGAGAGGCUUAUGUUAACUCAAGGUCAGGAUGGUCAAACAGACGUCGUCUCAGGGCCUUUCAAUUUUUCUACCGUCGUUGAUACUGCUGCCACUGGAUUAGGUGAUGACGAUGACAACGACAAGGAAGGUUUGGCCCUGGACCUCGUUUCAUUCUGUCUCCGAGCCGUUGGAGAGUGGCAGGUACUGGAUUCGUUUCAAUGUCAUCUUCUCAACGUUGAAACGAAUGUUCCCAUAAUGCAACCAGACGGAAAUUUGAAACUUGAAAUUGAAGUUCCAAGUGGAACCGACAAAAUCAAACAACAAGGGUCCACCAUUCCCUUGACAGGAAUUUCACCAAAGUUUAUUGAAUCCCUCACUUGCACAAAACUAACGGUUGCCGAAAUGUACAAGCAUGCUGGGAAAACCGAUGCUGAAGAACUGACCUUGGACGUUGUCGAAAUACAGAAUCUGAACUCAUGGUUUGAUAGCGUUUAUGAAACUCCGCAAACGGUUGAGAACGCUUGGAUGGAACCUUAUAAGAAGGCGGAUGUCUUGAAGGGACUUGACAAAUCAGAGAUUGAGCAGUUUUACUGGGCUGUAAAAUUUCAUCAUAGGGAUACCACCAUUGUAGCUGCCAUUUUACAGACUGUUGUUCAUUUGCGCCAAGUUAUGGGAUAUAAAUACUGGAUUUUGCCCAAUGGGGAGAAGGUUCCUCUUGAUGCCAUGAAACUGGGUGUGAUUGAAGUGAUUCCUCAUGAAAAGUAUCUUGUUCGGUGCUUGCGGUUCCGUCAAACUCAAGAAGUUUCUGAUAACGGGGAUUGUUGCAGUCCUGAAGUUGAACCAUAUCCUGUGGAUGCUGAUAAUACGAAAAACAUACCAAUUCUUGGAAUUGACGCAGAAUUUGGUCCUAUCUACUCACAUUUCAUUUUGGAAGUGCCACUCCGAAAUGGACAGACCUACAUCGUUGACCCAACUUCUAUGCAGUUCAACUACCGAGGACCGAAAAAAACUAUCAUCGUUCAUGGAGAGUGGACUGAUUAUUGUAAACAGUUUCCUGGCUUUAUUAUCGAGCGAUUGACGAAACACGAAGACGCUGCCAAAGACCUUGCGCUACAAAAUUAUUUCAGGCAUCAGGCCAUUCUGCUUGGGAAUGGAGGUUUGAAGUUGGUUGAUCGACUAAAGGGAAAUUUGAUCAAGUAUUUCAGUUACCGCACCUGUAACUACUGUGGCCAAGUUGAAAAAUUACACGAGGAGGACGAACAGCAGGAAUUCAAUUAUAAAUUCAUUAAUGUGCAAUUAAUGUGUUGUGCACAAUGCAGGGGUGUUGCAUAUUGCAAUAAGAUUUGCCAGAAACUGGACUGGAAAAAUCACAAGGCACAUUGCAAAAAAAAGUAAUUGAACGUUUUAAAACAAAAGAAAGUUGUCCUUUUAAUUAUUUUGUUACGUAAUAUGUCAUACUUUGUUUAUUAUUGAACAUGAUUUUAAUAUUGUAAUAAACAAGUAUUAUAUAUAUUUAAAUAAAUAAACACUAGUCUUGUAGAUUUUA